GAAUGCGUCUUGAAGGAGCCCAGUCUGAAGUUAGUGAGCGUCAGUGAGUGACAGGUCUGCUGCCGUGAGUCCGUCUGCUGGCGGAGUUUAACCGCCGCUAGCUGAACACAAAACACAUACUAAUCACGAUCCUCUCGGCUUAACUCACGUUAAAUCUUUAAAUAUCGUGUGUUUGUUUCAUUUAAACGCACAGACUUGACGCUGUAGUAGUGAGUCAACGGCCCCGGACAGUGAACGCAUCCGGAGCGCACGUGGGGGCAGGAGCCGACAACCACCAACGGUUCCGUCGCGAGCGUCGUUAGAGACAGACAGGAAGGAGAAGGAGGCAUGGUGACAGCGGAGCGGAGACAAUGAACCCCGGCUUCAUUUCAUCCCCCCCGUCUUUCACUUUAAACACCUCACCGACACAUGAGAGUCGCUAGCUAGCUGCCGAACCGCUCCGUCUGGAUUAUUUACUGUGCGAGCUGCCGCCGGACCGCAAGUGACUUUUAUCUGCAGUUAAGAGGGAACAUGGGGACUCAGGGCACCGGACGGAAAAGGUCCACCAAGAAGGAGAGGUCGACGGCGGAGGACGAUGCCCUCAACCUCAUAGCGAGAGAGGCUGAGGCCAGGCUGGCAGCCAAGAGAGCAGCCAGGGCAGAGGCCAGAGAGAUCCGCAUGAAGGAGCUGGAGAGACAACAGAAAGAGAUCUUUCAGGUGCAGAAGAAAUAUUAUGGCUUGGACACCAAAGUAGACGACCGAUCAGACAGCAAAUGGGGAGAUAUUGAACAAUGGAUGGAGGACAGUGAGAGAUACUCACGUUCUACACGGAUACAAACGCUCUCAGACGACGAUGAGCGGAUGUCAGUGGGAAGCCGGGGCAGUGUCAGGUCGGAUCUCGAUGCAGUCGGGGCUUACGGUGGAGGGGGCUCCUCCUCUUCUCUGUCACUUAAGAAGUCAAAGAAAAAGAAGAAACAUAAGCACAAAGACAAAGAUAGGAACGGCUACGAUGAUGAUUACAGUGUGAUAUCCAGCAGGAGCUCCAGAAUCAGUGAUGAAAGCCGAGCGUCUCGCUCCUCCAGACUAGACCUGACGAGCUCCAGAUUAAGUGAUGACAGCCGGCUGUCUCGUGCCUCCAGAUCAGACCUGCAGCCGGCCUCUUAUGCUUCCUCUGACCUGUACAACCUCAACGGCCUGUCCUCCUCCAGAAACACUGGUUCAGCUUUCAAUGGUUACCAGUUCUACGGGUCACUCAGUCAGAUCACCAAGCAGAUCUAUCGUAGGAGCUCCUUAUAUGAAGACAGUCUCCACAGUGCGUCACGGCGAGUCGUUAGUUCGACUUCUCAACCUUUAGACUACACUAGCUAUCGCAGCUCCGGUUCCAGAGUCUCCUCCAGGGCCAGUUCGGCCCGCGCCAGCCCAGUGGACAACUGCGGCUCAGUUGCCAGUUUUUUGAGGAGUGCGGCCAGCAGCAGUGGUCUCCCGCGGGACCUGGACGAUGUUACUAUUCCUGACUUUUCUGAUGUGGAGGACAGAGAUUAUCUUGAGAAGGGGUCUCGAGCAGCUUCGGCCUUAACAGCAGGAACCCUCACGUCUUUAGGCGGGUCAUCCUCGCGGAGAGGAAGCGGAGAGACGGCUAUAACUGUAGAUGCAGAAACGUCUAUACGAGAAAUCAAGGAAAUUCACGAACUGAAGGAUCAGAUUCAAGAUGUGGAACUCAAGUACACCCAGAACCUAAAAGAAGCCAAGGAUGCAUUAGCAGAAGUGGAGGAGAAAUAUCGUAAGGCCAUGGUGUCCAACGCCCAGCUGGACAAUGAGAAGAACAACCUGAUGUACCAGGUGGACACACUCAAGGACUCACUCAUGGAGCUGGAGGAGCUGCUGUCUGAGUCUCAGCGGGGAUACGAGGAGAAAGUCAAGGAAUUCGAAAGAGAGAAACAUGCCCAUAGUGUGCUUCAGUUCCAGUUCAACGAAAUGAAAGAGACGCUAAAACAAAGUGAAGAGCUGCUAAAUGAGAUCCGUCAGCUACGUUUGAAACAGGACGGUUUUAUUAGAGAAAUAUCUGACCUGCAGGAGACGGUGGAGUGGAAGGAUAAAAAAAUUGCGGCCUUAGAGCGACAGAAAGAAUACACAGAUGCGAUCCGAAUUGAGCGAGAUGAGCUCAGAGAAGAGGUGGUGACGCUCAAAGAUAUUCUGAAGAAACAUGGAAUAGUACUGGGACCUGAUCUAAACAUCAAUGGAGACAUUGGCGUGGCAGAAGUUGAUGGGUCCCCCAGUGCAGACGCUGCUUCGCAACCGGCUCCAGAUUCACAGACAACCCCGACGGAGGGGAACAGCAUGCUCGGCAACACAGAGGAAACUCAGUUGAGAAGUAGCGGAGAGGAAGAGGUGGAUCCAGAGCAACAUCAAGAAAUGUUUGAGGAAGCCAAAGAGAAUCUCUUGAGCUCUGAUACAAUCUGUGAUGUUGAUGGUGUGCCCGCACUGGAAACCCCUGAUGAACAAGAGCCAACAGAAGAACAACAGGAGAACACACAAGAAGACAGUGUUGAUGAAAGUGGUCUCAGCAAGGACUUAAACGUGGACAUUAAGGACAGUUCAGUCCAAGAAGCCACAGAUUUAAUUGUUUGCAGUGCUGGGCUUCAAGCGAUAACAAGUUCUGAGGAAAACGCUCCAGAAACAGAAACUCCUGAGGGGGGAGAUUUAGAGGAGACAGAAACCAGAAGCAGCAGUGUUGACACUCACAGUGAUGACAUGAAAGAGUCACAUAACAUUUUAGAAGAGCAAGAAAACAAAAAGGAAGUUGUUGAGGAAAGUCAUCUGAGAAAUGCAGAAUCAUGCCAUCAGCAAAAAGUCAUGCAAGAUGUUAAGACAGAACCUGUUGAGUCAAUCCCAGCUGUGUCAAACACAGAACCAGAGCCUGAGAAUGCUGAAGAGGCAGAGAACGAUGAGGCGGAGGAAAUAUCAAGUAAAUCUCAGCCUCAGGGUGCUGCUGCUUCAGGGAAAAAGAAAAGAAAGAAGAGGAGAGGCAAAAAGAAAGGAGGAGCAAAUGAGGACAAGAACCAGCAAAAAGAUGAAACAGAGGUCAAAACAGAAAAAGUCAAAACAGAAAAAGACACUGAAGCCGCUACAAGAGACAAUGGGCAAACAACAGAACCUGCAAAACCCGAUGUUGAUGGUUCUGUAAAUGAAACCCUUGAGGAGUCAAAGGUGAAUCAAGUAAAAAAUGAGCAGGACAGGCAAGAAAUUCAGGAGGUAGAUGGAGUAGAAGCAGUGAAACCCACUGAAACCUUUUCUCACAGUGAAACUCUCAAAGAAUCAACAUCUGAUCAUGUUACAGAUGAGCACGACACGGAACAAACUUCAGGCAGUGUAGAAGUCGAACCUGUGACAACUACUGAAAGCUUUUCUCACAUUGAAAUAAGAGUGGAUCAUGUUACAGAUGAGCCAGACGAGGAAAUAAGUUUGGAAACAGAAGCAGUAGAGGCUGUUGCGCCCAGUGAAACCUUUUCUUGCAUUGAAACACUUGAGGAAUCCAAAACGGAUCUUAAAACAGAUGUGCAAGACGAUGAACAAACUUCAGAAGCUGAAACAGUAGAACCACUAGAGGCAGUGAAAACCAAGGAAGUCUUCUCUGACCUUGACACUCUUAAGGAAUCCAGAACAGAUCCUCAAAAAGAUGAGCACGCUGAGGAGCAAAACUUGAAAACAGCGGAAGUAGAAGUGGAAUCUAAAACAAGUUUGGUUUCAGAGGCAAACCCCUGUAGUCACGAUCUUAUUGGCACCUCCAGCGGUGCAGAGAAUUCUCCAAUGGACGCCGACACCUCAACUGAUGGGGAUGUCGUCCACACUGACUCCGAAAUCGUUGACAGUGCAGAGAAUGAAGUUGGGUCUACUGAUGAGAUGAAAUCUGAAUGCACAGUUGGUGGAGAGGGAAACACGGACGCUGAAUCACAUGUUCCAAGCAAUGAUGAUGUUGCUAAUGAUGAAUCUGACUCUGCAAACAAUUCAGAGAGUAAAGAUAACUCGUCUGUGUCUCUCCCUUCUAUCGAUGGCAUCACUGGUGGUCUCAAGAGAUUGUCUGGCUGGAUAUCUGCAGCCAUGAACUUGGACAACAGCAGCACUUCCAACGAGGUUUCUGAUAAAGAUCCCGAGGAGGCAACUGAGACAACCAAGGAUGAUGAGGAGGCAGAAGCAGAGACUGAACAAGAAUCAGUUCCUCUCAGUCAUGACGAGCUUGACAGAGACUUGAUGGACUCUGAAGGCUUAGCUGAGCCCAACAGCUCCUCACGUAAAGAAAAAAGUCGUGAGAGUGAAUCACUAAUGGAAAACACUGAUGGAGAGUGUGCUCUCGAGCAAGACCACUGCGCUGAAGAAUCAGCUGCGGCAGAAGAUUCAGAACAUCAAAACAGUCAAAAUGAUAAGAGUGAAACACUUCUUGAGCUUCAUGAACCCAGAAAAGACAAAUCUGAGGAUAAUGGUUCUUCUCUACCCAUCCUGCAGGACAGUGAUGAAGAGAAGCCCAACAGCUCCUCAUGUAAAGAAAAACGUAGCAACAGUGAAUCACCAACAGAAAACACUGAUGCAUUCGAGACUGAAAAGAGUCCAGAGACUGUAGCGCAGGCCGAGCAACUGGAUGAUGCAGAAAGCCAGACAUUACAGCGUGAUGAUCAGAGUGAGGAACCAAAAACUGAAGUGUCUUCAGAGACAGAAGAGAUCAAGGACCACUGUGCUGAAGAAUCAGCUGUGGCAGACAGUCCAGAACGUCAAAACAGUCAAAGUGAUCAGAGCGAGACACUUCUGGAGCUGCAUGAACCCAGUAAAGAGUCUGAGGAUAAUGGUUCUUCUCAACCCAUCCUGCAGGACAGUGAUGAAGAGGAUGGUGAAGACGAGGAAGGGCAGUCUUUUGAUUUUGAUGACAUGGAUAUUGAGAUGGCUAUAGCAACAGAUCCCCCUAAAAGUCCAAAACAGGGAGAUAUUGAGGAAGGGGUUGAAGUCAUGUCAGAGAGUUCAGGGCUGUGCCAAAGUAAAACUGGGUCAAAUGAAAAUACACAAGAUGAGCCAGUUGCAAACGAUGACAAGAAGUGUACAGUUGAUGGGGGUAACCAGGAUGAUACACUAGAUAAAGAGACAGAUGCUGUGCCUGAUGAGGAAGCCACGUCUGAAAAGGGGGAAAAUGUACGUGGAGAGCAGAAAAGCACGCCUGAGGAAGAAGUAGUUGUAGCAGAUGAGCCUGUAAUAGAGGUAGGAAAGGUUGUAGAGUUGGGUGAUGGUGCGGAGAACACUGACCAGGCAACGUCUUUUCCUGUGGAGGAAGGAUUAGAUGCCAUUACUCAGGAGUUACAGAGUGAAGAUUUGGCUUUACCAAAGAGUGCAGAUAAAGAACAAUCACAGACGAGGAAAGAAUCAAAAAAGAACGGCAAGAAAGGCAAAGGCAAGGGCAAAGAGGAGUGUAAGAUGUCUUAGCUUAUAGAAGGUAGAUAAUAUAGAUAAAAAUCACUAGAUCUGCCCUUUAGCAUUUGCUUAGCUGUUUACGAGGGGUGUCACAAGUCUCCAAAUCACAGACUUGAUUUGAUUUUCAAUUCUAAGGCCAAGAUCGACUCAGUGGCUAAACAUUUGCUGAAACGCUGCUGGCUGCGCCAUUGUUACACUUUCACAUGUGGAUCUGUAAAGAUCAUUUACACAAUCUUCUUAAGAUGAAAUUAUCCUGUUGGCUUUUAGAACAGGGUUGGACACGUUCAAAUGAUAAAGAUUCCAAAUACCACCCUUCAGUGAUUCAACAAAAAGCAACAAAACAAAGUUCGGUUUCUCAGAUUUCACCUAAGUAAACCCAAGAAAAUCAAUAGGGAAUCUCUGAAAAAGAAAACGAACCCAACAUCUCCAACGCUGUCAGACUUGGCGAUGGUAAAAGUUGGUUGAUUGUCUGAAAGUGCAGCUGUGAGCUGUUGGUAAGCUAGCUUUGCCCUUGUUUGUUUGUUUGCAUGCAAGUAGCCACAUAUAGAAAGAAAAAACGAACUGAUCAAUCACUGAUCAUUCUGUCUGAUAAUCGAAAUUGAAAGAAUCAAAGAGAUGACACCCCUCAUGUUUACAAAGCGGUAGAACAAGUAUGUGCAGACCUUUACAGCACCUUGAAUCUUUUCCAAUGAAUAUUGUUGUACGUAUGUGUAUUUUUCUAAUUAAUCCAUAUAAACAAUCCACGUCCAGUUGGCACUGAGGUCACGUGUGCGGAAAAAAAUAAUUUGUGGAGAGAUGAGAAUGUAAACUGGUAACAGUGGAUUUUUACUGUUGGAAAAUACUGCACUUGCUAUAUUUUGUUAUUGAUGCACAUUAAUUACGCUGCUUGUGAUGUCUCAUGGAUGAUAUCGCUCUGAUAUCAUACAAGAUGUUUUCUUGUUACAAGUAAAUGAACUUAUUCAUGUAUGAAUUUCAUGUGUGUAGACUAAAAAAAGAGAAAUGUUAUUUGCUAAUUCUCAUUAAGAAUCAAGCGAGUUAGCUUUGAUAUGUUCCGGCUGUAACGUUGACGGUUAAAAUGAAAAUUUGUGUGAAGACCCUGUUUCGGUUCUCAGGGACGAAUACGACUUUUGAUGGACUUAAAACAAAGACAUUUCGAUCCACAAGGAGACUGAAUUCUAAAGCACAGAACAUGAUAAAUGUAUGUUUGCAUUUUGUGGCACUUGAUGGCGAUGAUGAAUGUGGAGCUUCCACACUGAAAUGCAAAUAAAUGCCCUUUAAAAUGUUGA